CUCGGCUUUGCGCUGCUCUGGUGUCUAUACUCGACCUUCAUUCGGCAGCGACAAGCCAACGCACAGAAGGGUAAAUUCGCCUACGCCAGGAUACCUUUCUACCGUCGGAUAAGCCAGAAAGACAUCGAGCUCAACGACCGUCACGAAGUCUAGUUCGCGCGCGCGCAUUUAUUCCGCCCCAUCCUGUUUAAUGAGCGAAAACAUUCUUGUAAUACCACCACUGUUGUUAUUGCAUUUUCCGGCGCUAUCCACAUUCGCUUCGCAUCUUUCGAUUCUUAAAAGAAACUUUUUUUUCGCUUCCAGUCCAUACGUUGCGGAUGGGCGACUGGAUUUCGAGAUUCACGGUCCGCCGUCCGGCUAUUCGGUAAUGGUUUUCUUUGGGUGUUCUUCGAAGACGAGCGCGGCGUUGCGGGUAUACAGAGAUCAUCGGAAAGAGUUAUAUCGACACGGUCGCGUGGCAUAUUGUAUGAAAGAAAGAGGAAGUAUAUAAGGGUAGCACAGAGUCUUUUAGUCAGACGGAGGUGAAGCCGGCUGACCGACGCCUUGCGUAAGUCCCAUCAAUGGAAACCAU